CAGCGUGCGCGGCGGGCACGGAGCCGGCCCGGGACGGAGGGCAGUAGCCAGCGGCCGAGCUGUCCCGCCGAGCAUGGCGGAGGCGCGGCCCGGCGCAGCUUUGAGCCAUGCCUUUGUCACUGGCCACUGGGAAGAAGAGCUCAGCACCUGCCUCUGCACUUCUGAGGACCUGUGGGCAGCAAUGAGCUCACCCCUCAAUCUCCUUGUCUCCCAGCUGAAGAAAGCUGGUGUUCUCGGCACACAGUACUCAAGGUGCAUUGAAUUUCAAUCCUAAUACUGCCGAUUCCAUGCUAGGGGAAAGACAACCUACAGAUACAAACUGGGUAAAUAAAGAUAGGAAAGACUCUAACAGUAAUCAGAGUAGAAGUAAUUUACCAUUUCCUAGUGUAUCUUCUGACAGAAGUACGGAUUAUGAAAGCUCUUCCACAAGGCAUCACAGCUUCUGUAAUCCGGAGAGUCAGUACAGCAAUUCUGAAGACUUCCACCAAUAUUUUGGUACCAGUAAAAGUCUGAAGAAUCGCAACUUUCAAAGCCAGAGGUGGCACAGAUCAAGAAAUGACAGCACAUGCACUAGAAGUAAGAUAAGGCAUAGUACUGCUGAUGCUGCUGCUGGGCCAGGAACUUCAGAAGGUGCAGGAGUAACCGGGAGGAGAGCAACUCCUAGAGGGUACAACGACAUCCUGUCCUCAGAGAGUGACAGGGAGGUACCUAAUGCAGACAGCAGAGGAGCAAAGCCAAAGAAAACACAUCUGAUGCAUGCACCUGGCAGAGGUUUCAGGGAGAAGGGAAAGCAAGUACACGACCGGGAGAAGAGAGCGAGCUCCAAACAGAAAGCAGAGUUGUUUGAAAAUGUCCCGUCUUUGGAUUUAACUCAGUCUGACUCUUCAGAGUCAUCAUUCGGGAAGGCGUUCUGUGAUGCAGCUGUCGGUAGCGGGGAUGAGCAGAAGGGUUACAGUUACGUGAACAAAAGAUAUCCCCGGAAGCCUGUGUGGAAUAAACCCCCAGCAGAAAAGGAGGGCCAGAAAAGGCACGAGUCUCACCGUAGUAAAAACACAAAAGCUGGUAAGAAGUCUUCUCUUGCAUAUGCUCCAAAAGAUAAAAACGAGAGGAAGAAAGAACUCUCUGUACACAAAAACGACGAAAACUUGACCGGCGAAAUCAGGCACCAGUUGUCUGAUUCUGUCAGAUGUAAUGGAAGAAAGUUCUUGCUAAAGGGGGACCAGGCGCCUGCACUUCAUUUCAGCUGGACCCAGUACUGGAAAAAGCAAAGUGAUGUACCAAAAAACAAAGAAACUCAUACAGGGUCCUUGAUUGAACAGCUGACCACUGAGAAGUACGAAUGCAUGGUGUGCUGUGAGGUGGUCCGAAUAGUAGCCCCAGUGUGGAGCUGUCAGAAUUGUUAUCAUGUGUUCCACCUGAAUUGCAUUAAGAAGUGGGCACGAUCACCAGCUUCACAAGCUGAAGAUGGUAACAGUGGUUGGAGGUGUCCAGCUUGUCAGAAUGCUUCUACGCAAGUUCCUAGAACUUACACUUGUUUCUGUGGUAAGGUGCACAAUCCUGAAUGGAACAGAAAUGAAAUCCCACAUAGCUGUGGGGAGCUUUGUGGAAAGAAGAGGCAAGGUUUGGACUGUCCACAUCUUUGUAACAUCCUGUGCCAUCCAGGACCUUGCCCUUCCUGCCCAGCUUUUGUGACAAAAACGUGUGAGUGUGGACAAACAAGCCAUUCAGUUCGCUGUGGCCAGUCAACCAAAAUUCGUUGUUCUAAUGUGUGUGGAAAUACUUUGAACUGUGGUAAGCACAGCUGUACUCAAGUGUGCCAUUCAGGAAAAUGUUCACCUUGCCAAUUAACAGUGCAGCAAGUGUGUUACUGUGGAAGCAGCUUUAAAGAAGUAUUGUGUGGGACAAAGGGAGAAUUUUCUGAUGGAUUUGGGAAUUUCUCAUGUCAGAACAUAUGUGGCAAAAAGUUGAAUUGUGGGAGGCACAACUGUACACAAGUGUGCCAUCCUCAGCCGUGCCAGCUCUGUCCCCGACUGCCGCAAGUCGUAUAUCGCUGUCCCUGUGGCCAGACUCCACUCAGCAAGUUACUGGAAUUAGGAUGUGUGGAACGUAAAAUAUGCACAGACCCUAUCCCGUCUUGUGGAAAAACAUGUGGCAAACCUCUUCCUUGUGGUAGCUAUGAGUUCGUUCAUACCUGCGAAAGCCUUUGCCAUGAAGGAGAAUGUAAACCAUGUUCUCACACAUCAAAUAUUUAUUGUAGGUGUGGCUUCAAAAAAAAGGAAGUCCCAUGUGCUCUCCUCAGAAACAAAGCUGCUAUUACAUUCAUGUGUGAAAAACGAUGCAACAAGAAGCGAUCCUGUGGACGACACAAGUGCAAUGAAGUUUGCUGUGUGGACACUGAACAUAAGUGUUCUUUGGUUUGUGGUCGUAAACUCAACUGUGGGCUUCAUAGAUGUGAAGAACCCUGUCAUCGGGGCAGUUGUCAAACAUGCUGGCAAACAAGUUUUGACGAGUUAACUUGUUAUUGUGGUGAAUCUGUGAUUUAUCCCCCUGUACCCUGUGGCACUCAGCCACCAGAGUGUAAAAAACCAUGCACCAGGCCACAUGACUGUGAUCAUCCAGUGUACCAUUCCUGUCAUAGUGAGGAGAAAUGUCCCCCCUGUACCUAUCUCACUCAGAAAUGGUGUAUGGGCAAACAUGAACUGCGCAGUAAUAUUCCUUGUCAUCUCACUGACAUCUCCUGCGGACUGCACUGCAAUCAGAUGCUAAAAUGUGGGAUGCACAAAUGUAAAAGAAUCUGUCAUAAAGGAGAAUGUCUCAUAGAUGAGGACUGUAAACAGCCAUGUAUUAUUCCAAGGCUGUAUUGUAACCAUCCCUGUAUGGCUCCAUGUCAUCCUUCUUCACCCUGCCCCACAAGCUCCUGCUCUGCAAAGGUUGAUCUUCAGUGUGAAUGUGGAAGAAGAAAGGAGAGUAUGAUUUGCUCAGAAGCGUCUAAUACAUAUCAAAGAAUAGCUGCUAUAUCUAUAGCCACCAAGUUAACAGAUCUACAGCUGGGGGAUUCAGUGGAAAUCAGUAGGCUUAUCACAAAAAAAGAAAUGAAGCAGGCCAGGUUGCAGUGCGAUGAAGAAUGUUUAGCUCUUCAGAGGAACAGGCGUCUUGCUGAGGCUCUUGAAAUAGAUGAUAAUUCUGAUCCUUUUAAUAUCCGUUCUUCUGGACCAAAGUACAGUGACCUUUUAAAAGAGGAUGCAAGGAAGGAUUUAAAAUUUGUCAGUGACAUUGAGAAGGAAAUGAGAAUGCUCGUGGAAGCUGUGAAUAAGGGCAAGCAUACAAAGAAGAGCCACUGUUACCCACCAAUGAACAGAGAUCACCGCAGAAUCAUCCAUGAGUUAGCUCAGGUUUAUGGUAUCGAGAGUGUGAGCUACGACAAUGAGCCCAAGCGUAACGUCGUGAUCACUGCAGUGAAAGGGAAGUCCAUUUGUCCAAGCAAUACCUUAACUUCUGUACUAGAUAAAGAAAUGCAGAGCAGGCCUCCACCUCCUAUUCCUCAUUAUAAACAAGCAGAUAAAAGCAGUGGCAGCAGUGGUUUAUCCAGACCGUUAAAAGAAGAGCCUGUGAUUGACUACUUUGAUGUCCAGGACUGAAGUGAUUGGUGUACGGUUAUGCUGUAGAAGCUUAGGGAUGAAGGCACUGAGUUACUGCGUGAGGGCUUUUUGGCUAUCUGUCAGAUGUUCAUCUUCAUGGCUUAACAUCUAAAGCGAGAUGGAUCGUGAUGCUUUACAAAACUGUGCAUUUUUACAGUUUACGUAACUGCAUAAUACCUAACAGUAGUAUAGCUUUUCAAGCCCGGGUUUGGUGCAAUUUAUUAUCUCGUGUGCAGCCAGAAUGAUGUAGAUUUCCAUUGCUGCCCUUAAAGUGAGAGAACUGGUAAUCAAAUACAUUUUUGGGGGUAGUAAGAACAAUGAUAAAUUUCAAAGAUGUGUUUUGACAUAUCUCACACAACUUCAAUGGUUAAAAACACUGAUGAGAAUAUUCUUAAAGUGUUUUCACAUUGUAUUAGUUCACUUUUGUGUUAAUGUGGUAAAUUUAAGAAUUUGAGUUACUCUUCUAUGUGAAAGGAAGUAAGAAAUUUAGUCUAAGUAUGUAUGUAUACACUUAAGUGCCCAUUAUGAGCACACAGACUUCCUUUGGUAUCUGAAGAAGCAGGAUUUGGGAAGGGUGGGGAAUUAAGGCUUAUUUUACUUUAUCUCAGAUUUUUUGUGUUUAAAAAGCCCACCCAAAACAAAACCAACCAAACAAGAAAACCCCCAAUCAAAACAAAAAACUCCGCUCCCAAAAAGAAACAAGAAAAUUGUUAAAACUUUGUUAUUCAAGACCUUGAACAAAGUCAGACUUUAUAUCUUACUUCGGUGUUCUGUUUGGUUUAAUUUGUAUUUAGAUAUGUUUAGCUUGACGGUCGUCUGGGGGGUUUUUUGCAUGGUUUUGUUGGGGGCUUUAUAAUCUUUUUCUAUACUGUGCAAGCUUAAGGUGAAAGUGAAGUUUGGUUUAGAUGUGUUACGAAUUUGGAACGAGUUUUGUAAAAUCUUUAGACCAUCUGUCUAAACUGUUGGGCAAUGGAAGAUCUUUGUUUUUGUGGGAACAUGAGAAACUAAGUGGGACGAGGGUUUAAACAGUGAAAGGCACCAAAGUGGUCACGUAGACACUGAGUUGUUUCCAGAUGAGGAGUUAAGGGGGGUCAGGAGCUCUCUGGGAGGGGGAGAUCAUAGCUCUGAUCAGAUCUGAAUCUGAGUAGUAUCUGUUGGCUUAAGGAGAUGGAUUUUGGAAUGAAUGCCUGUGGUGGCUCUAACACUGACACAGUCUGUGUCCUGUUCCUUGUGCCUGGCUAUGUGCAGCACUAGAGGUGAGUCUCCUGGGCAGCAUCAGAGGCUGCUGCUGAAAGGGGCUUAGUGUAACAAAGAUACAGACCUGGCAGAAGACUUGCCAUCUGUUGUCAGUUUCUUUUCAGACUACACUGAAAAGAAAAAUUUCUUUUCACACUACGGUGUAGCAUGAGAUUUAUUGCCAAGGAAAUGGAAUGCAGUUACCCGUGCUUACCUUCACUUAGUUAUCACAUGACCCUGAGCCUUAACUGUGAAGCGUUCUGUGGCCACAUUUUAUCUUGAACAGCUUGUGAAACAUGAAAGAAUGAGCAGCAAACUCACAAACCAUAUCUGUGCCCCAGAAUGUUUUGAACAUUAAAAUGCAUGCUGUUACUGCCUAUUUUUGUUGGAGCUUAUUAUUUCACACUAAAAAAAAUGCGGUCUUAAAUGUUUCUGAAUGUUUGCAAUGCAUAUGCUUCAGGUAAAACAGUUACCAGAAGGAUUCUGAACCCACAAAAGUGUUCAGGUUUCUAAUUUGCAUGUAUUGGUUUAAAUUGGUUUUACCUUUUUUGUCUAAUAUUUUUCAUUUCUGUUCACAGAAAUAAAUUAACUUCACUUAAAUUGCCCUUCAUUCCUAAGCAGAUGAAUAUUUGAAUCUACAAGGUGUGCUGCUUUGCUAAGGUCAGCUGAAGAAGUAAUUUGCUUGGCAGGUUUGCCAGGAGUGUUUUUCUUCAGCCCCAAUGUGACGAGGAGUGCAUUUCUUCUAGUGCUUGCAGGAAAGCCUCAUGUGGCUAGAUGGAGGCUAAUUCUGGUUUUGAAACCAGAGCCACAUUUCCAUAGCACUGGUUUCAGGCCAGUGGCUCCUUUUAGGGAGAAGGCAGAGCAGAGAGGUGGGCUCUGGGGCAGACGCAGGCACACUGCCAGCGCACACACAGGGCAGCUCCUCCUGCAGUUGGGAUGCUUCAGCCGGACCUUACGUGGCAGAAAACCGAAGCCAUUUAGGUAAUGAUACAUGGAAUAAAGCUGAAGCUGAUGAACUCUUCACACAGUUUCACAUUUGUGCCUCCAAUGUGAAACUUAAAACUCAAAAGGUUCUGCCAGAGUUACAUUUUAGCUCUGCUCUUCGGAGUUUUGAUCAGAUUACAGCUUCGACAUAAAACAUGAAGCUUGGCGAGAUGCACUUCAGCAGUCCACUACUGUGGCACUGCUUUUCAUAAGAAAAACCCAAGGAAUCUUCAUCUGCUCAAGAUAAGACCAGCAAUUACUACUACAUGUGUUUAUAGUGAGAAUUCAUAAUUUGCAUCACUAAACCCCUUAACUAAUGAAUGUUAAAACAUUUCUGUAGGUCUGUGUGUUACCCAUCUCUAAAAUCACAGCUGUUGGAGCAGAGCUGUGGUCAUGAAGCCUGUCAGACGUUUGGAGGCGUUUAUUUUGAAGUGCAUUUUAAUAAGUUGAUUAAAAACACAAUCCCGUGUAUCUGCCCAGGAAAGUAAUGCCAAAAAGGAAGUAUCGAUGUCUGUUUUCCCAGCUCCCGGUCUCAUAGCCUUAAGGAUUCAGCACAGUGUAACAGUGGUGCUCUUCUCUUGUUCUGGUUUGCUUUUGCUGCAGUGGACCUGUGACUUUUAUGUGGAGUAGCACUAACGGCUGUAGCUUUGAUAUCUGUGGUAACUCAUCUGCAUAUUGCACGUGUGCCUCACAGAAGUAUUUUUCAAAUAGCUAUUUUGUAACUUUAAGCUGGCCUUUACACUUUUUAAUUGAUAGGAAAAUGAGUGGAUAAAAGGAAUCUUUGCAUCAGUGAAGUCAGUCGCAUGCCUCCUAUUGACAUCACUGGCACCAAGACGUGAGCUUCAAUCUGCUUGUCAUCUUCCACAGCCCUGAGAAUAAUAUUGUUUCUUGUAAAUUUAUUUGAAGAAAGUGCUCUGCAAUAAGCAUCUUUUGAAAUAAAGUAUGUGAUGUCAAUUGGAAUUCGUGCAACUUCUUCAUGAAGUGCUUUAAAAUUGUGUAUAAAAUAGGCAGCUGCUUUGGCAUUUGGGCUGUGCUGUUACCUAUCCUAUUACAUUGUUCAUCAUGUUUAAAGUGCUCUGAAUAUUCAGUGCUUGGGUUCAACCUGAAAUUGUGUCAGAUGCGUAAGUGGACUUCAGCACCACUGCUUCUGUGACAGUUUCGUACAGUAUCUGCUGCACAAUAAAAUGAGCAAAGUAAAAUUGUUCUAAAACACUUGUUUGCUGAAAGUUUUAUAUUUUACUUCAUUUUUUCAAGUUACUGGUAUAAAGUUACUUUCUUUUAUAAAGCUGAGUGAUUUGGAAUCAUUUGCAGGCUUUGCCUUGUUAUUCCAAAGUUGGAAGACUGAGAUGUCACAGAGAAACAAUAAAGGUUUUGGGAGUCCUUUUCCUCGGAUUUUGAAAUACGAGGUGUGAUUUCCUGGAUUUAAAGUGAUUUUUAAGUGAAUGCUGUAUGUGGAGUGAAGCAAGUAAAGCAGGACUCCCCAGGAAACAAGGGAGUAUGGGUUAUCUGCUACCUUCUCGGCAUUCAGAAAUGCAAGAGAGAUGAUUAUCUGAAUAGAACUAUACAUUUUGGUUAUCUGAAAAACUCUUUACUAUGUUAGCCUAAAUGCUACUUGGCAAUAAAAUGGAUGAUUUUAA